UUCAAACAAAAUGGCAGUCAGUUGGCCGUUAAGUGGCAUGAUAAACGUGACGUUCAUAUGCUCACCACUGUUCAUUCAUCAGUGAUGUCAGCCACGGCAAGGAUUGAUCAUGCCACCGGGGAGAGGAAACUCAAGCCAGCUUGUGUUCUUGACUAUAACAAGAAGAUGGGGGCUGUGGACAAGGCGGACAUGGUGAACAGCUUUGUCGAAUGUGCCAGGAAGACUACCAAGUGGUAUAAGAAAGUCUUCUUUCACUUGGUAGACACUGCUGUUCUCAAUGGCCACAUCGUCCACCGUCAACAGUCUGGGAGAGUCAUCCCUUACCAGGAAUACAGACUGAACUUGAUGAAACAGCUGCUCGAGGUGCAUCAUACACCUCGACGCCCAUCCACCGGUGGCCGUCCCACAUCAGACAAUCCUCUGCGGUUGACUGCCAGGCACUUUCCCUCGGAGGUCCCUCAGACUGCUACCCAAGGAAGCAGGACCAGGAGGAAGUGCAAGGUGUGCACUUCUACCUCGCGUCGGAGAAAGGAGAGGAAAGUGACAAAGUUCAUGUGUGUGGCAUGCAACGUUGCCUUGUGUGCUGCCCCAUGUUUUGAGGAGUAUCACACACUCAAACAUUAUUAA